CUGUCCCCGCAGCGCUCCCUCUCUACGCUACGCCAGCAGCAGGUCGUAGGGCCGCCAAAUUUCCGCCCCAGGUCUCCUCUUCUCAGCGCCGCAAUUGCUUGCCCUAAAUCCCCGUUAUUGGCCUCCUCGGAACCCCGCGCGGGGUCUCCUUCCGCUCCGUUCAGCCCCGCUUGGGAGGAGCGUGCAAGGUCCCCCGGUCCUGGCCCCGCUGAUCACCGCCUCAAAUCGCCUCUUUCGCGCGGAUCCUCCGCGUUCCGCUCGCCUUCUGCGCAUACAGACCCCUCCGCCUUCCGCCUGCACUCCCCUUCCCCCAAUCCUCUCCCUUCCGCACGCCUGUCUCGCCCUGUUUCUCCUCUCCCCGGGCCUCUUCGUCCGCGAUCUCCCCUUCCCGAGUCCGCCCGCCCCCGAUCCCCGUUGCUUGGUUCCGCCCGACCUAAAUCUCCGCUCCCCUUCAUCUCUCCGCGCAACUCCGAGUUCGCAUCGGCGCGAAACUCCCCCGCCGCCGCUCCUUCUGCUGGUGUGGCUCGCGCAGGCACCCGCGGGUCCCUUAGGACUAUCCCGCGCAGCAGCAGUUGUCGCAGCGCCAGCAGCUGCGCGCAGGACGAGUGGAGCGACUCUGGCGCGGAGGAGGAGAUUCGCGCUUCCGCUUCUCCCGGUUCGCUUUUUAUCGCGCGUCCUGGCGCCCGUUCCGCCGUCCGCCCCACCCCUUCCGCUUCCGCUUGGGAUUCCGCGCAGCCCGCGCCGUCGAGUGUCAGUUCCGCCCAUUUCAGCGGUUUCACUGGCCCCGGCAAUAGACGCAGCAACAGCAGUCGCAGUAGCGCCAACGCCUGCGCUCAAACACCUCCGCCAACCACCUCCGCGCGCUGCCCGUCCCCAUUGCGCCGCGCGUCGAGCUCCGCAUCCGCGCUAUCCUCGCCUUCCGCGCCGUCACGUCCCCCCUACAGCUCCCCCCAGGCGCAGGUUGUGGGGGCCACGAACGGGGGAGACGAGAGAGCGACUGGGGAUUCGGAGCGGACGUACUACGGGGAAGCGGAGGACGAGGGGGGAAGCGGGGGAGUGCGCGCGAACCUGUCCGCGGACUGCGGGAGGCGGGGGCGACUGGCCGCCGCGGCUGCAGCAGCACGGGCGGAAGUGGCGCACGGGAUAGAGAGCGCGAGGCGAAGGGGGAACGGCGCGGAGACGCGCACAGGCGGGGGCGUGGGCGGUGGAGGGGGGAUGGCAGCAGGGGGGGGAGCAGGGGCAGUGACCGCGGGGGAUUUGGGAGCAAGAGGGGCCGCGUGUGGGAAGGUGGCAGAUAGAUGUGGUGGUGGGGCGGGUGCAGCAGGCGGUGGGGUGAUGGACCUGGGGCCGCCUGGGGGUGGGCGAGGUGGCGUGAGCGGUGGCGUGAGCGGUGGUGUGAGUGGUGGUGGGGGGCAGCAGCGCAGGAGUUCACUGGGCCUUGUUCCACGCAUGUCUCGCUCUCUCACCACCACCUCUGCUUCCUUCUCCGCUGCUCGCUUCCGUGCUGCUGCUGCUGCUGCUCGCGCCGCUGCCACUACCACCAGCACCGCUACUGCUGCUGCUGCGUCUUUCUUCUCUCCCCCUCUCUCUCUCGCUUCUUCCCCAAUACGGUCAGGAACCCUUGGGUCUGCCUCUGCCUCUGCCUCGGCGUCUGGUGGGAAGAAGCUGCUGCACAAGCGAACGCUGUCCAUGGGCAAUCCGCGCGCAGGUCGGUUCCACACGGUGGAGUCCGUUCUGGGGGUACACGCCACGUGGCAAACGGAGGAGGAGCAGCUGAAAGCGCUGCUGGCGCUGGUGGACGGCGGGAGCGGGGGAGGGGGAGCGCAGGGGGAGGGGGACGGGGACGGGGGAAGGGGGGAGUGUGGGGAAAGGCGCAGGGGAGCGGCGGGGGGUGCGGGGGAAGGGCAUGAGGCGUGUUUGGCCGCGCAGGAUGAGGUGCUGAUGAGGCGACUACCCUCGGCUGCUGAAGUGAUGGAAGGAGGGGGGAGAGGAGGAGAGAGGGAGAUGGGGCGAGGGAGAGAGACGGGGAGAGGAAAGGGACAGGGAGGAGGGGGAGAGGUGUGCGGUGGGGGCGGUAGGGAGCGGCAGGAAGGCAGCAGCAUGGGAGGGAUGGGGACUGAUUCUGGAGGAGUGGGUUUGAUGGGUGUGGAGCAGGGACGUGGGGAUAUGGGAACAGGUUUGCAAGCAUCCCCGUUAAGGAGAAAUCCGAGUUUGCCUGCGACGACAGGAGGAGAGCAGGUGGUGGGAUCGCCUGUACAGGCGUCCUCUCCUUUGCAGAUGCGGGCAUCGCCAGGCGCUAGGCGAGCAGAUGGGUGGGACGCGUGGAAGAGCGGUGUGGGGCGGUACUGGGUGGGGGAGGUAUUGGGGGAGGAGUUGGAGAGGGGGAAGACUCCUGAAAGGAAAGCAGGUGGGCUUGGAAGGGCGAGAACUCCGGAGAGAGUGGGAUUGGGAGGGGUUAGAGCACCUGAGUGGGCACGAGGGGGAGAGAGGCCGAAAACACCUGAGAGGGGAAAAACACCUGAGAGGCUGAAAACACCUGAGAGGCUGAAAACUCCUGAGAGGCUGAAAACACUUGAGAGGGGAAAAACACCUGAGAGAGGAAAAACACCUGAGAGGGGAAAGGCACCGGACAGAUUGAGAUUGGCAGAAAGAAGGGUGCCAGAAAGAGCAGCAGGAGCAGGAGCACGAGCAGCAGAGGCAACGGGUAUAGAGGCUAUGCUAUUGAGGAUAGCAGGGGUUGCAGAUGGGAGCAGUGAGUGUGCGGAUCGUGCAGGAACGGGCAGGGUGGGCGAGUCCAAGGAGGAUGGGAGCGGCUGUAGUGGGGAGUCGCAACCCCAUGGCGCUGCGCUACCCUCUCAGAGGACACACCCAGCAGCCUUGCUGUCUGCUGCUGGUGGUGCUGAGAGGGGGAUGGGGGAGGGGGAGGCGGAGAUAGACGCGGAGUGUGAUGCGGUGUCGGGGGGAUGGACGUGGCAGCAUGGUGGCUGGAGCGAGCGGUAUGGUGGGGUGGGCGCACAUGCCUCUCAUCAUGCUCACAAUGCGGAUGAUGCUUAUGCUGCUCAUGAUGCCUGUGUUGCCCCACCUGCUGCUGGAGGUCCCGUGAGGUCCUCCUCUGGUCUCGUACAUGUGCGAUAUGGUAUGGAUGGUGGGGAUGGUAUGGGUGGCACGUAUGGCCUGCACGAUUCUGACAGGGAAGAGCAGGGGGAGGAGCAUAAGGAUGGGAGUGGGGAUGGGUGCUCAGAGGGGCAUGAGGAGGCGGUCACGGGGUUGUGGCACACGGAGCUUGCAUCAGAGGAUUCAGAGUCAGGGGGCGGGUUAAGGCAUGAAUGUGCGUGUGGGUAUGCGCAUGGGUACGCGCAUGGGUAUGCGCAUGGUUACGGGCUUGCAUAUGGUGAGGUGGAGGAUUAUGAGGUAGAGUUGGUGGACCAUGAGGAGGAGGAGGAGGAGGGGGAGGAGGAGGAAGAUAGGUACAUGGAUCAUGGGGAGGCAGAGACAGAGAGUAUGUGUUAUGAGGAGGAGGAGGAUGCGGAGUGUGUGUAUGAUGGGGAGGAGGAGGAUGCAGUGGGUAUGUAUCACGAGGAGGAAAACACUGAUUACACGGAGGAGACUGGGAGCGUGGAGGAUAGACACGGGAAGGAGGAGGCGGAGGAGGAGGCGGAGGAGGAGGCUGAGGAGGAGGAGGAGGGAGACGUUUUCAGCGGGCAAAGGAGUGGGGGGGAGGGAAGGGAAGGGGAAGAAGAGGGGACAGUGGAGGGAGGGGGAGGAGUUGAGGGCCAGCCAGAUCUAGGGAAGAAGAGUCUGAGUGCGCCUGCUGGGUCCUUGGCUGCUUCUGCCUCUGCUUCCGUGAUUGCUGUAGGGCUUCAGCAGGUUGGUGAGGAAGGGGGCUGGGUGGAGAGUGCAGGGGACGCAGGAGGAGGAGAAGGUGAGGAGAUUGGGAGGGGAGGGAUGGUGAGGAGGGGAGAGGAGGAGGAUGAGGAGGAGGAUGAGGAGGAGGAUGAGGAGGAGGAGGAGCCGGAGUUGUUGCGGCGGAAGAGCUUUGGUGGGCGGAUGGGUGCCAGCUUUGGCGCGCUGCUGAGGAAGAGCAACACGCUUUCCAAGAUGGACCGCAAGCCGCCCCGCCCCUUCCUCGCCGCACGCACCCCCCCGCUCCGCUCCCUCACCAUCUCCCGCGCAGCCUCCGCGUCCCGCAAAGCCGCGUCCUCGGCCUCUCUCAAAGCCGCAUCCGCGAUCGCGCUCGCCACCACCGCAGUCACCAGCCUCGGCCGCUCCGCAUCUCUCCCCUACGAGUACGAAUACAAUGGCAUCAACCAGCCCAAGCGCGUGCACUUCCAGCUGUCAGAGCUCCAGCUCGCAACCAACUACUUUUCCAAGGAGAAUAUCCUCGGGCAGGGCGGGUUCGGGACGGUGUAUGGAGGCGUGCUGCCGGCGCCGCCGUUUGAGGAGGUGGCGGUGAAGGUGCUGAAGAGAGGGUCCGUGCAGGGCGACGGGGAGUUUGUGACUGAGCUGGAGCUGCUGUCGCGCACGGCACACCGCCACCUGGUGAAGCUCAUGGGGUUCUGCAUGACCACCACGCAGCGGAUGCUCGUUUACCAGCUCGUCGCGAACGGGUCGCUCACGGACCACCUCACAGGCAGCAAGCUCAGUGAGAACGGCCCGCUGCCGUGGGAGCGGCGGCUGCGAAUAGCCAUAGGAGCCGCCAAGGGCAUCCGCUACCUGCACGCCCAGCGACCCCAGAUUCUCCACAGGGACAUCAAGGCCUCCAACAUCCUCCUUACAAACAGCUUCGAGGCUAAGGUGGCGGACUUUGGGUGUGCAAAGCUGAUACGGGGCACGGAGAGCGUGGUGAGCAAGGCGACGGGGCUAGCGGAGGAGCGGCUGGUGGAGUUUGUGGACCUGGGCGUGGGCACCAUCGGCCACAUGGCCCCCGAGCUGCUGCUCGAAGGGGAGAUCAGCGCCGCCUCCGACUGCUUCGGGUUCGGAGUGGUGCUGCUGCAGCUGCUCACAGGCAGAGACCCCGUGGAUGCCGACAGAAGGCCGCUCGUCAACUGGGCGCAGCCGUAUCUGGAGGAGAGGCGGUGGGGCGAGCUGAUAGAGCCGUUCCUAUUGGAGUCGCGCCCGCCGGCCCGCCACAACUCCUUCCACUCCUUUGCGCUGCUCGCGCAGACCUGCGUCAGCUUCGACCCGCUGCUGCGCCCGCCCUUUGACCUCGUCGCUGCCACUCUCGAGCGCAUCCUGCAAGCCGACAAGGAGAGUGCGCCAUCCAUGCCACCACAAGCAGUGCGCCGCUCCCACUCACACUCUCCAUCUCACCCAGCGGCGCAUGCCCACUCCCGCUCGCACUCCUUCUCCCGCUCCGCCACCACAUCUGCAACCAGCAGGGGCUCUCCCCAGGUUGUCUCCGCUUCCUCCUCCUCCCACCACAACACUCACCAGCAACAGCAGCAGCAACAGCAGCAGCAGCAGAGAGAGGCAGGAGGCAUUAGCAGGUCAUUGUCUAGAAGUGGCAGCGCCCCCUGUCCGGGUCUCGAUGCUGCUCCUGGCGCUGCUGCCGCUGCUGCUGUUUCAGGGCUGGCAGCUGCUGGAAAUGGAAGCAACGGCACGAGCGCUGAGAAACACCGUCGCAGGAAGAGCCGUGGUGGCGGCGACAGCACUGGGCACAGCAGGGCAAGCAGUAGAAGCAGCAGAGGCAGCAUUGACGCUGCUGAUGGAGCGAGAGGCGAAUCAGCAGGUGCUGCAAUGUUUGCCGCUACUCCCUCUGGCACUGCAGCUGGUGUUACCGGACCUAGUGUGCCGAUUGCAGCAGCGGGCGCAGCGCAAUCGCGGGCGGAGGAAGUGAGGCGGCUGAUGGCUCUGGUGGAGGAGGGCAACAGUGAGCGGAUUGAGUGGGGUGAGACGCUCUCUCGUGUCCGUGAUGGCACAUCUCAGCAGCAGCAGCAGCCGCAGCAGCAUGCGGGCUGCGAUGGUAGCAGCAGUGGUGUUGAUGGUAGUGUAAUGGUGGGCGGAGUGGGGUUGUCGGACAAGGAGCUGUUCACGCGCCAGGACCCAUACGUCGUCCUCGAGUACGGCCAACAGCGCUUCCGCUCCAAGACAGACAUAGACGGCGGCACGAACCCCGCGUUCAACGCCACGUUCACGCUCUCGUUGCUGCCGGGUCUCAACGAGCUCUGCAUCGUCAUCUGGAACGAAAACGUGCUGCGCGAUAACGUCAUCGGCUCCUGCAGAAUAGCGCUGGAUAGGGUGCUGUCGACGGGCUUUGAGGACGGGUACUUCCCCGUGUACAACAAGCGACAGCACCAGCAUGGCUCCCUACGAGUCGUUCUCAAGUACCGCCCUCAGUAUUCCCCCUCGCCAUACCCCGCAUCAACCUACCCCCCACCGUACGCUGCUCAACCGCCCUACGGUGCUCCUCCUGCCGCCUACCCCCAAGCUACCCGCCCCAGCAAUACCCACCGUCAUCCUACCCUCCACCUCAGUCAUACCCCUACGGCCAGUCUCCUUACCCUCCCUCGUACCCACCUGCACAAGGGGGGGCGUAUCCCUAUCGCUGAGCUUCUGUUUAGGGGGGGUACUUGCAUAGACGUUGGCGCUGUUUUGGGUAGGUGGUAG